AUGAGAAUUUUAAUAUCAUCUUUACUGUUACUUGGUGGCUUAAACCUAGUUCUGGCACGUUCCAUUUAUUGGAAUGACCACGAUUCGAUGGCAAACAAAUGGUUGAGUAACUACAAUUACGAUGACGAGUUAUUUCAAUAUCCUUCAAAUCGAUAUAACGAUGAUAUCCACAAAUUGAUGAUGGGUGAAAGUUUAGAGGAAUCAAAAGAAACACCGCUUUACCCAGCAAUUGAUGAUGAUAUCAUUCCCAGGGAUGAGGACGUUAAUAUUGCAAACAUUUUCAGUUCUCUGUUUGACACAUUUCAUGAAAUUGAUUCUACUAAAAUGGAGAAAAGCGAAGAGGAUACGAAUAAUAAUGAAGAAAUUUCUAACAAUGAAAACGAUAAUGAAGAUGACCAGAACGAUGAUGAGGAAAACAAUCAAUUUGAGAUUUUCUUGCAUGUUCCAUCUGACAACAUGGAAACCGAUUUAGAGGUAUCAAAGUCAUCUGAAGAAAAGAAAGAUGACGAGAAGGAGAAUAGUGAUGAGGUGCCGACAUCUGCUUCGAAUGUGGUAGUAGAAUUAAUUGAUUUGACAAAAUCGUCUGAAGAAAAGGAAGAAGUCAAUGAAGCAGACGAUCUUUCCAAACAGGAGAUUGAAGAAUUGGCUGCGUUGAUCAUAACCCUAACUGCAAUAGAUGAUUUAAUGAAAAUUACAGAUGAAAAUCCAGAUUAUGCAGAUAACGAACAGGAUGAUGAGUUGAAGACAAAGGAAGUAGAUGAAUAUUUAAAUUUAUUUAGUUCUCUUUUGGAUAAAAUGUUGGAAGAUGAGCAAAAUACAACAGGGAAUGAUGAAAAUAAUGAUGAUGAUGUCACUACGCCCACAAACGACAGUGAUGAAGAGGAUAAUGAUUAUACCACUCCCAAAACUGAUAGCAAUGAAGAUGAUGAUACGGAUGAUGAUUAUACCACUCCCAAAACUGAUGACAGCAAUGAAGACGAUGAUACAGAUGAUGAUUUUACAACUCCCAAAAAAGACAGCAAUGAAGAUGAUGAUACAGAUGAUGAUUAUACCACUCCCAAAACUGAUGACAGCAAUGAAGACGAUGACACCAAUACCAGCAAUAGUAAGGAAAAUGAAAUUGAAGACAUUUCGUUUGUAUUCCAUGGCAUUGAUGAUGAACAUCAUGAGUCCAAUCUAAAUGAUCACAAAUAUGAAAUUGUGGAAACACCAGCCAGCGAUUCUUCAUAUAUGAACGUAAUUCGCUCCUCUUCUUCGUCGCAGUUAGACAAUCAAAUUGUCAUCCAAGAAUAUGUUGAUAUUCGCCAAGACUUGGACAUUGAACAAGAUGUCCUGCAAAUGAAUAAACUUAAUUUAGACAAGGAUUUUUAUAACAUAAUUUCCGAUGACUUUCAUGAAGACAAUAUAAACAAAUUCGAAAAAGACUUGUUUGUUGUCCACGAGAAUUUGGAUAGAAUCAAGCGAAAUGUUAAUGCCAUGCAACAUCUUAAUUCUAAAUUAUAUUUCCAUAAAUUGAUUAAGGAUACUCUUAAGGAGGUUCAACAUAAAUAA